UGUUGACGUUAGUUACAGUAUGGUUGUGUAGGAUUUUAAACUUUGCAUAGUGGAAACACGAUUCUAGAUAGGUUUGCGGUAACAGCAGUACGGUUGUGCUUUAGGGCGGUUUAUAGUAUGUCUUAUAAGCCAAAUGGAACCUACAGUGAAGGAGGCUGGGGAUGGACCGUUGUUUUAGGAGGGUUCACUAUUAUGUUUAUUUUCAAUGGCACCUUGAAAGCAUUUGGAGUUCUUCUAAUAACAAUAAAGGAUGACUUCGACACCGAUUUGUGGAUCAUAGGUUCGCUGGGCUUUCUUCAUUAUGGAUUGUUCUUCGUGAUGGGGCCCGUGGCCGGAGCAGUAGCUCGUCGUACAGGAAGCCGUUAUUUGGUCGUCUUUGGCGGAAUGCUGUAUGGACUUGGUUUGACACUUGCUUCGACGGCAAACAGCGUCAUUAUGUUAGGUGUGUCACUCAUUGUGAUGGCUGGAUUGGGCGCAGGUUGCGUGUAUGAAACAUGCAGGGUUGAACUGGUUUUCUACUUUCAUGAUAAAUUUCCCUUAGCAUAUUUGCUUCUCACAAUUGGAGGCCCGGUUGGGAUGAUGGUGUACGGGCCAUUAACACAAGUUCUUCUGGAUACCUACGGCUGGCGAGGAACAAUGCUCAUUCUUGGCGGGGUUAGUUUCCACGUUGUCAUUUGUGGUCUACUAUUAAGACCUGGCAAACAUAGCCUUAAAGAUUACAACAAGGUCCCUCUUGAUGAUGACGAAGUAAAACACCACUGCUUUCAUAAGCUCUGGAUGAUUGCGGGCUUGGAUGUUUUUCGAAAUGUAGAAUUUCUGAUUUUGUCUUGUGCAAGAAUGUUCAUCAAUAUUGGACAUGCAGGAGUGAUUAUCUACAUGGUACCAAAUGGGCUAUCUCUGGGGCUGAACACAACUGAGGCGUCGUUUCUGACUUCGGCAUGGGGUUUUGGCAGCAUCAUCGGACUCUCUCUAUCAGCUUUUGUCACUCAACGGAAAUUCAUCUCAAAUCAUCUUACUGCGGGCAUUUCAGGGUUGAUAUCUGCCAUAUGUUUUGCAGCAAGUCCGUUCCUUACCACUGUCACAUGUCAGUUUCUCAAUUUGACGCUGUUGAGCGUCGGUACUGAAGGUGUAGCUCAGGUGUUGGCGGUGAAUACAAGAAACCUGCCAUUUAGUGACGAUCAGCAGUUUAACGUCAUAGGCUGGCAAUGUUUCCUGGUUGGUAUGUCCUGCACAAUUGGUGAUAUUAUAGCAGGGUGGCUGUAUGACGCAACCGGAAGUUUUCAGGCAACUUUUUUCAUGUUUAGUGGCACUUCAGUUGUUACAUGUGUUUGUUUGCUUGUGGAUUUGAUUCGGCUACGUUUCAUUGGUCAACGUGAUGAAUGAAACCUCUCCCCCAUGUGACACCAUUUGGGACCACUCAUUGGUCAACAAGCAAAGCAUAGUCAGGCUUAGUUCGGGUACUUUUUUCUAAAGUGUUAUAGACAUGAGUCGUCAUUUUACAAAAGAAUUGUUGUGGAAACGUCUGUGGGAAAAUGUUGUCAUAUAGUGGGGAAGUUUGCACAAUAACAAAUCCCUUUCCUUUGGCAACUCACACCUGUUAUCUCUGUGUAAUUUCUUUAAGAGUGUGCUUAAUUGGAUCAUAAACACACCAAUAUGUACGCAUCAAUGCACACCAACUUAAUCAAGUUGUAAUGAUAUGUUACUUUGUUACGAUUAUAAUUACCACUGAAUCAACAGCCAACAUGCCCGUAAUAUAAUAGGUAGACUGUGGGGGAACAGUCAGUAUGAAAUAAACCAGUUCAGCGA